UCUUCUACAGAUACGGAGACAGUUCCACUGGAGGGGGAGUAUAUAGAGGAACACAGGUGUCUGUACAAGGACGUGAUGAUGGAGAAUCACCGGCCCCUCACAUCACUGGAUGGGCCCAGUAACAGAGAUAUCCCAGAGAGAUGUCCCCGUCUUCUGUAUUCCCAGGAUUGUACAGAGGAGAAUCACAGGAUCCCACAGGAGGAUCAGGUAGAACGUCUUUCUCGUAUAAAGGUAGAAGAUAUAGAGGGAGAAGAAGAGACGUAUGUGACUGAUAUAAAGGCAGAAGAUACAGAGGGAGAAGAAGAGACGUAUGUGACUGAUAUGAAGGCAGAAGAUAUAAGGAGAGAAGAAGAGACGUAUGUGUCUGAUAUAAAGACAGAAGAUACAGAGGGAGAAGAAGAGACGUAUGUGACUGAUAUAAAGGCAGAAGAUAUAGAGGGAGAAGAAGAUACGUAUGUGAGGGGUGAUCAGCAGUGUAAGGAGGAGGAGAUCCCUACAGAUAUUAGCACAGCAGAUGGACACACAAACAGGAAUAUCUCAGAAGGACAUCUAAUGUUAUCCCCGGAUUGUGACAUAAAAGAUGACAGUAGACAGGAUUCUCCAGGAGCUACUCCCAUUACCCCAAUUAUACAUCCAGCUCUAUCAGCUGAUCCCUCUGAUCCUGGGAAAUGUUCUCCUGAUCACUCUGAUAUUGGUGCAUCUGUUACAGCUCUGACAGUAGAUACAAUAUUUCCCUGUUCUAUAGAUGCCAAAUGUGUUACAGAGAAUACAAAGCUUAUUACCCAUCAGCCUGCUAAGGCAGGUGAGAAGCAAUUUCCAUGUUCUGAGUAUGGAAAAUGUUUUACAUACAAAUCAGGUCUUGUUACACAUCAGAGAAGGCACACAGGUGAGAAGCCAUUUUCAUGUUCUGAGUGCGGGAAAUGUUUUACCUGGAAAUCACAACUUGUUACACAUCUGCGAAGUCACACAGGUGAAAAUACAUUUCCAUGUUCUGAGUGUGGGAAAUGUUUUACAUAUAAAUCACAACUUGUAAUACAUAAGAGAAUACAUACAGGUGAGAAACCAUAUUCCUGUUCUGAGUGUGGGAACUGUUUUACAUACAAAUCAACUCUUGAUGCACAUAAGAGAAGUCACACAGGUACAUCACCAUUUCCAUGUUCUGAGUGUGGGAAAUAUUUUGCACAGAAAUCACAACUUGCUAGACAUCAGAGAAGUCACACAGGUGAGAAGCCAUUUCCAUGUCCUGAGUGUGGUAAAUGUUUUGCACAAAACUCAGAUCUGGUUAGUCAUAACAGAAGUCACACAGGUGAGAAUCCAAUUUCUUGCUCUGAGUGUGGGAAAUGUUUUGCCCGGAAAUCACAACUUGUUAUACAUCAGAGAAGUCACACAGGUGAGAAGCCAUUUCCAUGUCCUGAGUGUGGUAAAUGUUUUGCACAAAAAUCGGAUCUUGUUAGUCAUAACAGAAGUCACACAGGUGAGAAGCCAAUUCCUUGCUCUGAGUGUGGGAAAUGUUUUGCCCGGAAAUCACAACUUGUUAUACAUCACAGAAGUCACACAGGUGAGAAGCCAUUUUCUUGCUCUGAGUGUGGGAAAUGUUUUGGCCGGAAAUCAGAUAUUGUUAGACAUCAGCGAAGUCACACAGGUGCGAGGCCAUUUCCAUGUUCUGAGUGUGGAAAAUGUUUUGCACACAAAUCACAUCUUGUUAUUCAUCAGAGAAAUCACACAGGUGAGAAGCCUUUUUCUUGCUCUGAGUGCACGAAAAGUUAUACUCAGAAAUCAGAACUUGUUACACAUCAGAGAAGUCACACAGGUGAGAAGCCAUUUCCAUGUCCUGAGUGUGGGAAAUGUUUUUCACACAAAAAAGAUCUUUUUAUACAUGAGAAAAGUCACACAGGUGAGAAGCCAUUUUCUUGCUCUGAGUGUGGGAAAUGUUUUUCGCUCAAAUCAGCUCUUGUUAUACAUCAUAGAAGUCACACAGGUGAGAAGCCAUUUUCUUGCUCUGAGUGUGGGAAAUGUUUUAGACAGAAAUCACAUCUUGUUACACAUCAGCAAAGUCACACAGGUGAGAAUCAAUUUCCAUGCUCUGAGUGUGGGAAAGGUUUUGCACACAAAUCAGCUCUUGUUGUACAUCAUAGAAAUCACACAGGUGAGAAGCCAUUUCCAUGUUCUGAGUGUGGGAAAUGUUUUGCACACAACUCAGCUCUUGUUAUACAUCACAGAAGUCACACAGGUGAGAAGCCAUUUCCAUGUUCUGAGUGUGGGAAAUGUUUUACACACAAAUCACAAUUUGUUACACACCAGAGAAGUCACACAGGUGAGAAUCCAUUUCCAUGCUCUGAGUGUGGGAAAGGUUUUGCAGACAAAUCAGCUCUUGGUGUACAUCAUAGAAGUCACACAGGUGAGAAGCCAUUUCCAUGUUCUGAGUGUGGGAAAUGUUUUGCACACAACUCAGCUCUUGUUAUACAUCACAGAAGUCACACAGGUGAGAAGCCAUUUCCAUGUUCUGAGUGUGGGAAAUGUUUUACACACAAAUCACAAUUUGUUACACACCAGAGAAGACACACAGGUGAGACAAACCUUAUUACUCAUCAGCCAGCUAAGGCAGGUGAGAGGCCAUUUCUAUGUUCUGAGUGUGGGAAAUGUUUUACAUAUAAAUCAAAUCUUGUUAGACAUCAGAGAAGUCACACAGGUGAGAAGCCGUAUUCCUGUCCUGAGUGUGGGAAAUGUUUUGCAUACAAAUCACAUGUUGUUAUUCAUCAGCAUGCUCACACAGGUGAAUGGCCAUUUUUCUGUUCUGAGUGUGGAAAACGUUUUACAUAUAAAUCAAAACUUGUUACACAUCAAAGAAGUCACACAGGUGAGAAGCCAUAUUCCUGUUCUGAGUGUAGGAAAUGUUUUGCACGGAAAUCAGAUCUUGUUACACAUCACAGAAGUCACACAGGUGAGAAACCGUAUUCCUGUUCUGAGUGUGGGAAAUGUUUUGCAUCUAAAUCAGAACUUGCUAAACAUCAGAGAAGUCACACAGAUGAAAAGCCGAAUUCCUGUUCUGAGUGUGGGAAAUGUUUUGCAUCAAAAUCAAAUCUUGCUAGACAUCAGAGAAGUCACAGAGGUGAGAAGCUGUAUUCCUGUUCUGAGUGUGGGAAACGUUUUACAUAUAAAUCAAAUCUUGUUAAACAUCAAAGUCACACAGGUGAGAAGCCAUUUCCAUGUUCUGAGUGUGGGAAAUGUUUCGCUCAGAAACAAGCUCUUGUUGUACAUCGGAGUAGUCACACAGGUGAGAAGCCGUAUUCCUGUUCUGAGUGUAGGAAAUGUUUUUCAUUGAAAGCAAAUCUUGUUAGACAUCAGAGAAGUCACACAGGUGAGAAGCCGUACAGAAGUCACACAGGUGAGAAGCCAUAUUCCUGUUCUGAGUGUGGGAAAUGUUUUGCACGGAAAUCCGUUCUUGUUAAACAUAAGCGAUUUCACAGGUAUUUAGAUCAAAUCAAGUGA